UUACAUAUAUCGUUUGUACUUAUUGUCAAUACUGAUGGAGUCGCUUUUGGUAAAUCUUAAGAAACAAGUUACUUGUUCCAUUUGCCUCGAUACCUACACCGAGCCCAAAACUAUAUCAUGUCUUCACACGUUUUGCUGUGAAUGUUUGGAGAAACAUGCAAGAGUGAGCCAGAAACAGGGAAAAUUCCGAUGCCCGGAGUGUCAGGCAGUGAUCGAUUUACCAGAAGGAAAUCGCUUCGACCGUUUGCCUAACAGCUUUUUCCAUAAAAGUCUUUUGAGUCUUCUCGCUGUUCGACAGAGUGGUGAUGCAAGUAGUAUUACUUGUUAUCAAUGCAGUGCAACCAACCCUCAGAUGUACUACUGCUUCGAUUGCGGACGAUUCAUGUGCCCUGAUUGUUUCAACGCACAUGAGCUGCUCAAGAAGUCUUUUCAAGGACACAAAAUUACGCCAGUUCAAGACUUCAAAACAGAAGAUUACGAAGCAUUGUUAAGGCGACAACCGUUUUGUUCACAAGAGUUCCACGAGAGAGAAAUUACACGGUUUUUUUGCUCGCAGUGUCAAGUUUGCAUUUGUCAAAUUUGCAUAGUCACGGAUCAUCAAAACCACAAAGUUGUUCUUCUCGACAAAGCAGCACACGAGGAAAAGGAUAACAUCAUUUCGGGCGCUAAAUUGAUCAAGAAAAUGGAAAGCGAGCUCCAGGAAGUCAUUAAGCAGUUUGAAGAAACCAUUUCUAAGCUGCAAAGCAAUAUGGAAACGGCUAAGCGAGGCGUCAAGCAAACAGCGGAACAAAUGAUCGCAAAUAUUCGAGAGCGCGAGCGAGAGGCGUUAGAAUCCCUCGAGGCAACACGCGUGUCGAGACUCUAUAAAAUUAACUUGGCCAAACAGGAAGUGGAAUCCUUAGUAAAACAAAUGAACCAAGCAGCUCAGUUUGCGGAAAACCUGGUGCAGAGAACCUCAAGCUCGGAUAUUAUGCAGAACAAGGAAACUUUAAAGACCAAAUUUGAAGAGCUUCUACGAGUUGAAGUUCCAAAACAUCAGCAGACGACAUUCAUCAAAUUCACUGCGACAUCUCAAAAGGACUUGAAACUGGGUUUUAUUGAAGUCACCGAGGGCACCGCAAACGCAGCUAAAGCAACUUUAGAAGGACUAGAUCGAACUUUCCAGGCUGGUGUAGAAGCAGAGUUUACGUUAUGUCCAAAGAAAUCUGGAGGAGAGAUGAGUAACCAGGCUGGUCUUAGAGGUCGAGUUGAAUUGCUGAUUAAACCCGUCCAAGAUGUUACAGACGUGAUUGUUGAAGAGAAAGAAGACGGCAAUGUUAGACUGAAGUUUACUCCCAAAGUACCUGGCGCCUAUAUCAUUGAGGUGAAGAUUAAUGGCGAUAAACUACCGACCUGUCCUAUGACUGUGCAGGUAAAAGAACGUGAACUUGUUGUGGUCGGUGAGUUGAAGUUAAAGUUCUCUCCUGGAGACAAGCCUGUAAAUUUUUAUGGAAUUGCUGUUAAUACGAAUGGCACGAUAGUUUUGACAGAUAACUGUGGCCACUGUGUUUAUGUCUUUAACAAAUAUGGCAACUGUUUGAGAAAAAGUAGAGGCGAGGGUAGCAAUACGGGACAAUUUCAGUACCCUAAUGGCAUUUCGUUUUUAAAUGACAACGAAGUCCUAAUUGCAGACUUUGGGAAUUGUAGAAUACAACGACUUAAUAUUCAGACAGGAACUGUUGUGAAAAGUUUUGGAAAAUUCGGUAAAGGAAAAGGAGAGCUAAGUAAUCCAAUAGACGUUACUGUGAAUGAUGAAGGGAGCAUUGUUGUAACCGAGUGGGGCAAUGGUAGGAUACAGGUGACGUCAAAGGAAGGAGAAUCUAUUUUCAUAUUUGGAGACAAAGGCCCAGAGAAACUUUUAUGGCCAACCUGCUGCAUUCCUUACAAAAACAUGUUUCUCGUAACUGAUGCAGGCCACCACUGCAUAAAAGCUUUUGAUCAGUCAGGAACAUUCUUAUACAAGUUUGGCAAAGAAGGGAAUCAAGAUGGACAAUUUAAAUCUCCGAGUGGUUUGCUUGUAGACAGCUCCAAUAAUCUUCUAGUAUGUGACUUUGGCAAUAGCCGAGUUCAGCAGUUUUCUUUAGACGGUCGCUUCACCGGCAAAAGUAUCACUCGUUUAUCUAUGCCUGUGGCGAUAACAACAGCACCAGACGGGCGUAUUCUUGUUACUAGCUUUGACGAGAAAAAAGUUCACAUUUUGAAAUAGACUUUUUCAAAAGUGAACUUUACUUCUUGAGCCGCUCCUUACCUCCGUUUGGUUUUUUUUUUUUUAUGCUGUUUUAUCACUUGUCUAGAAGAACUCCUAGCGAUAAUAUCAAGACUUACAAAUACUCUUAGAGGCAAAAACCUUUUGACUUGAAGUAAUUAACUCAGGUCUCUUAAGUUCGUCAGUUUCAAGCCGUUUUAAUCUUCUCCAUCCCUCGUCACUUGGCCAUCCAUGUUUCUUCUCGUUUUAUUAAUAUCCUCUUUAAUUGUUUUUUCUCCGAUCUGAAGGCUUUGUUUUUGUUUUUUCUUUAAGUUCGAGGUAUUUUUGCGCAUCGUCGGUAGUGAUUUGAAUAAUAAUCUAGACCAAGAAAUUUAAAGGCGAAUCCUAAAAGAAUUGCUAAUAUAGCAGAAAAACUACUUACUGCAUAGAAAUAUUUAAGAGCUAAUGUCAACAUGCUUCAGAGAAACAGCGGAAAGUCCCCAAAAUUCGUUUUAUCUCCUAGUUUCAUAUUUUGUAGCCCAAUAUGUCCUAAUAAUUGUGGUGUAGUUUUUUGGUGAAAAUAUAUUUUAGUUUUCGAGAAAUGAUUUUUUUCGUUCGACUGCUCAAAAAUGCAAAUUUUUACCGCGAAUAUUACCCGAGUUGUGUGACUUCUUGUAACGAAUUUACUUGACCUCCGGCAUUUCUGUCAACAUGAUCCUUUGUUUUAUCAUUUAAACUUAAUCCCCUGUCAUUACUGAGUGGAAUAUGUUUAAAAAAUAUGUUUCAAGGCGACAGAUAAACAGGUAUAAGUCACAAACUGAAGAGGUCAACUAAUAUAUUGAAUGUCAUCACAGAAGUCCUGACAGAUUUCCGUUCUGCUUUUCUCUCCGGCGGAAAUCUAGAUAUAGUCG